AAAAUUCACGAGGAAACGGUUGAGCCUGGUCAAGUGGCUAGUGGACAAGAAUCGGGCAAUGACGAGACCCGCGGUUUGGCCAAGCGAUCGCGAGUAAUCGGCCGGUUGAAAAAGGCCAUUCGAAUUCGGCGGGCCGCCGACAGCGCCGGAAAUCGACUCGACUGGUGGCUCGCUCGCGUUGCUUGGGAGUCCGUGGACGUGAACCUUUGUUUUGUCGAGAAGUAUGGCUGCCAUCUUAACUCUCCGAUGGAUGUUUUUCAAAGAGUUCGCGGAUUCUCGUGUUUAUUACGCUAUUUAAUAAGGUGAUUCGCAGAGAGAGACCGGUGCAAGGCCUCUCGCGAUGUAACGACUCUCAUCGUGCCAGUUAUUCGAGCUGCCCUGCUGUCACGCGGACGAAAUCAUGCUUGUGUUUACAUCCGAGUUCUCCCAGAGCUUCUGUAUUUCUGUCAUAUUGAGGUCGAUCCCAUUGGCGAGCGGUAACCGAGACCGAUGCCCCCGCUGCGCGAGGAUGCGAGUUGCAAGCUGCGAGCUGCGAGCCGAUCUCGCAGAUAUUCCGGGAAGCCGAGGACGCGGUACGGCCCCCGCUGCACCGCCGACCGCCCGCCAGAAACAAUCGACGACAUCGGAGCCUCAAAUAGUCGCCGCCGUCCUCGGAGAGGAAGGAGCCGCAAGCCGCAGCCGCAGCGCAGCGCUGACCCAGCAGAGCCAGUCCAGCCUCCGAAAGCAACGAGACAGAGCUAGCCGCCAAGCUGUCCGCUCACCCGGCGCGGCGAGCACGCAAGGCCUUCAAGACGUCGACCCCGUCGGUCAUCAAGUUAUCCGGGGCUGGCGGCGGCGGUAGCGGCGGCGGCGGCGGCUGCAAGUCAGCUGCUGUGGACCAGGUUUCCCCGGGUCCCGAACAUGAGCCCCCGCCGGCCAGCCUCGAGCCCGCAGCGGCCAGUCCCGAGGGCGAGGCCGCGAGCGUCAAGCUGCUGCGCCAGCAGGUCUCCCAGGAGCUCGCGACCCUCAGGCCCCUGGCCGGCAGCGGCAAGCCGUCCGCUCCCAAGAGCGUCAGCCAGCAGAGCCUAGCCCACCUCUCGCCCAUCCCCAGCGCGUACAACAGCUACCGGGUCAAAGCUCCGGCUAGCAUCUACCCCCUGUCAGCGGCUCCCAAGAUGCAGGUACUCGCCGAGGCGGCCAGUCGCGAGGCCGAGCUCCAGGCCAAGUCCCAGCCGCAGCCGAAGCCCGCCCCGCUGAGGCGCAUCGGAGCCAAGCAGGCCGCCGGCCUCGCGGCGAGCAAGCAGCAGCAGCCACCGCAACAGUCGCCGGGCUCGCCGAUGCCGCGGAUACACACGCUGAGCAAAGCCCAGGUAGCCGGGCUCAAUCAGCUCACUAGCAAGCAGGCCUUCGCCGGCCAGAAGAUCGUCUCCCAGCAGCAGCAGAACCUCUUCAACCACAAGAUCCAGCAGAAAGGCGGCCCGCAUAAAGCGCUGCAGCAGGCCGCCGCUGCGACGGCGACCACGUCGUCUGCUGCGCCUGCGCCUGCCUCCCAGAACCACCUGCAGCAGACCUUCAAGCAGAUGCAGCAAAAGCAACAGAAGCAGCAGAAGGCCAUGGCCAACGCUAACGUACUCAAAAGCAGCAGUUUGCCCAACAUCCCCAACAUGGCAAAGCUUCCGGCCAGCUCGAACCUCGUCGCCGCUGGCAAGCAGCAGCAACAGCAACAGCCGCAGCAACAGACUAGCGCACCUCAGCAGAUCCAGAGGAGUCAGAGCGCGGUCAUCGGGAGGGCUCAGCAACUGAUCAACGCCAAAUCCCAGCAAGUCAUUGCCAAGCCGCAGUCGGCAACUCCUGCAACCGCUGCCGUUGCUGUUGCUACAAAGAGCCAGCAACAGCUGGCCAAGGCGCAACAGCACAUAGCCAAGUUGCAGCAACAGCAGCUGUCCAGUGCCAAGCUGCAGCAGCAGCAACAGGUGCUGCUCAAAAUUGCCGCGCAAAACAAGAGCUCGACAUCUGGAAACGCUAAAAACACCCCGUCGAAAGCCACGAGUACAGCCACGAAAGCGGCAAACCAGCAACCCCAGCAAACUGUCAUUCAGCAGACCGUGCAGCGAAAUCAAAUUAUGGCUCAGAAUCUGGCGAUGGCUCAGCAGCAGCAGCAACAGCAACCACAGCCGAUCCAAACGCAAAUACAGCACCAGCAUGUCGUCGUGGGCCCUCAAAACACCCCGAAACAACCAGGUUGCAUCAAGACAAUCGCGCCUCAAAAGCCCAGCCAGAAAAAUCAUGCGGCGAAGAACGCGAGCAUCAAAACCUCUCUCAACACAAAUCUGAGUACUAUGAAGACCAACGCUAAUCUUGCUACGACGGCACCGGUGAACGCACCGAUGACCAGCUCUACGCAGCAAAAGAGUGGCGUCAAGACGAUAUUACCCCAGCAGCCGGGUGGGAACGCUGGCGCUUCAGCAGCUACUUCAAUUCACAAAGUUGCCGGCCAACCAUUGAAAAUCCAGCCACAGCCUGUGAAACAACAAAAACAAAUCAUUGUGACCACGCCUGUCGCUCAGUAUAAUACGACUAUCAGGCCACAACCCGGUCAAAUUAAAACUUUGAUGUCCGUUAAUGUUGCCGAUUCACGUAAAGACAAUGAACUCAAAAUCGAAAUUAAAACGGAGCUCAAGCAAGAGAAUGAAGUUAUAACUCCAACUUUGGCAUCGUCAUCUCAGAUUCCUCAGUCACCACAACGAAGGUUGCCGCUUCCAUACGAGUGUCUCCAGUUUGUUCUCCAAGAUCACAACUAUGGUGCUCCACCCCCGCGGACACCACCGCCACUAUCACCUCCUCCGCACCCAAAACAACAGCCUGUCAAUGGAGCUGGAAACUCAUGCAUAACUACUCAACACUCUUAUAUUUUCAACCAAGAACUUGGCGAUUCUUUGUGCAUUCCAGCCGUAAGUAAAACGACGGUAGAGGAUGAUGCUGGUAGUGCUAUAAGCAGCGAGGCUGGACGAGAAGUUGAACCAGAGGGUGAAGAAACUGAGACCGCACCGGAGGGCGAAGGCGAUGAUGAAGAUAGCGUUACCCGUUGCAUAUGUGAUUUCGAGCAUGACGAUGGUUACAUGAUCUGCUGCGAUCGAUGUCUAGUAUGGCAACACGUAGACUGUAUGGGCAUUGAUCGAGCCAACAUUCCUGACGAAUACUUGUGCGAAGUAUGCAGACCUCGUCGAGUGGACCGAGCACGUGCACGUGCUUUGCAAAUGCGUAAACGAGAGGAACUAUUGAACUCUGACACGACAUCGGACAGUUCGUCGACAAGUUCAGCCGAUACUGACGUCGCCCAUAACACUCCCGCUAAGAAUAGAAAAGCUUCGCAACAGCAGCAGCAAACUGCUCUUCGAAGAAAAUCCGAUCCUCCACCUCAGGUGCGCCGCCUAAAUAAUAACAACAAUAACAACAACAAUAAUGUUGCCAAAAGGCAGAGGCGAGAUACACAUCCACGACAAACGAGUACGGCUCGAACUAAAAAAGAGUCGACAGUUACAACGAUGACGGCGACGACGGCGGCGACGACGACGACGACGACGACGACAGCUAUGGCGACGGCAACCACUACAACGCAAGCAACCCAGGCAACGAAACAGCAGCGAGGAGGAGGACCCGGCAAAAGAAAGACCAAAAGGCGAACAAGUCUAGAAGACAAAGAAGAUGAAACGCUGGACUCUUGGGGUUCUAAUAUGGCUCCGUUACGGCAAUGGAUUGAAAGAUAUGAAGAGGCAGUCACUAAUCAUUACAGUCCUGAACUAAGAGCGAGGAUAUCGAGUAUUAAAGUCAACGGAACGCACAAUGAUUUACGACAAAGUAAUAUCGGUACUGCGGCCACGGGCAAGUGUCGCCUAAAUGUGCAAAGCAACAGCCUUCGAUUCCUGGUAGCUACAAUGUAUUUACCACCAAACACACCUGUGGUUGAACUUCGUGGAAAAUAUAUGCUAAGUACGCAACAUAGGCCAUCUCAUCCGCAGGGACGUCAGCACACGCAACGACCUGGUCCAUUCGUCUUUUUCUACCGACUUCCACGCGACGGUACGGAGGUCUGUGUCGAUACACGAACUUAUGGCAACGACGCGCGCUUCGUUCGUCGCAGUUGCAAACCUAACGCAGAGGUUAAACAUUGCAUCGAGAAGGGAACACUCCAUCUUUAUAUCGUGACGAAUGUCGCCAUAGAGAAAAAUGCUGAAAUUACAAUUAAACAUGAUCAACACGAUCUCAUGCUGUCGCCUAAUUCCAACAACUCAGGCAUACCGAUAAUGUGCGCCUGCAAUAAUCCGAAAGACUGUCAAAUAGCCUCUUUGAUUCCCAUGUCUACACCUACUAAUAAAAAAGGAAACAACGGUCCUCUUGCUGAAAAUGCCGAUGGACGAGAGAGAAGGCGACGAGGUAGAAGAAACACGGUGAGUGAAGACGCUAAUGACAGUUCAACGUCGGCUACAACUUCAUCAUCAACUAAUCCCACAACGACUCAUACGACUACAGUUGUUGCGGCAGCUACGCUAACUCAGGUAGCGCCCAAAAAGACCGUGACUAUAAACACCAACGUAACAGUCAAAGAAAUCGGAAGUGCUGGUAGUAGUAUUAUCAGCAGUAUUAGCAACAACGACAAAAAUACUGGUUCUAGCAGUUCUCCUAUAACAGCUCGGCAGGCUGUAAGAGAAGAGCAACCACAAUCUGCAGAAGUGGUGGCAGCAGCAUCAUCAUCAUCGUCACAAGCAACAGCAGUAGCGGCAACAGUGUCGACACCACCAUCUCAACCUUCAUCUACAACACCAAGCCAAACGUCCAGCAGCAGAUCAAUACCGACGGCGCAUGUUCCUUCAACGACGACGCAAAUAAUAAAUACCGAACCUAAGAAAGACAAAAAGAAAAUGACGCGAGAGGAGCGCAAAAUGGAGGCAAUUAUGAAGGCGUUCGAGCGCUUGGAAAAAGCUGAGCAACGUAAGCAAGAAGUACAAGCCCGCAACGCUCAGCGCAAAGAAUCAGGAGGUGCACACAGCGACAACGAUGACGGUGCCGCACAUUCCACAUCUAAAUCUAGACAACGUGAUCAACAUCAGUCUUCGGACAAAGGACCACGUCGAAAGCGCAGAAAGGGUCGGACUAGGUCCACCAGCGGUUCGCAAUCUCACGGAACGCGCCGGACACGACUCAAUUCAGCAGAGUCCGACUUGACUUCUGGUGAUGAAAGUAAUUCUAUGCAAUCACCACCACCUCUUGCCAGUCAGAAUUGCUCAUACUCGCUACGCGUGCAUGGUGGUAAAGAGAGCAACAACGGCAUGGCCGUAAAUUCUGCCGGCUCUCAGACAGGCAUCCCCUCAGCUGCAGGUCUUCUGCUAGCUUUGGCCAAUUCGAACACACUUGGUUCAAACUCACCGCCUCAACAGCACCAACCGCAACAACCAACGCCAGUUAAAAGUCCGAGUGGCGAUAGCGGUGCCAGCAGCAGCUCCCAGAGCUCUACACCGUCGACUCCGUUGUCCUCAGCCUGCUUACUAGUAGCAGCAGCAGUGGGACCUUUGGCGCCAGGAUUCAAGUUCCCGAAAACAAAGAAACUGCUGAUGAAUGAGUGGCUGAAGGAGGCGCCCGAGCCGCAAGGCCAAAACUCUGAGGCGCGAGCCGGUUCGGAGUUUGCCGAGCAUUCAUCCGCUGAAUUCUUGUCGCAGAAUUACGCCGCUAAAGGCUUAGCCACUCUCGUACAGGCGGCUCAUUCAGUGGCAGGAAUCUGCGAUUCGCCGCCACAGCGGGCAACAGCUAGACAAGCCGCUGCUACUCCAACGCCUAUUCUAUCGACAGGCUCAGCAAAAAAACGUUGGCUGCGGCAAGCCAUUUCCGAAGAGUGUGACUCGCCCAACAGCAGUAGUCGACCUGACAGUCCGCCGAGCGAAAUGCUUGCUCCUCCCAAAAAGCGCAGGAUCGCCCGAGAGAGCCUCUCCUCGGAUAACUACACGCCGCCCACAACACCGACUAUGAUGCAGCAAGAGCACGGCCCCACGCAUCGGCCGUCCAUCAAUGAGGAUGAUUUUGUUGAGCAUAUGCCAUCACCCAGCACAGAAGACCUUGGAUCGCAAAAUGAAUAUGAUUCGGAUCAAAUAAAGGACGAUAUUAAACUUAAAUAUUCUAUGAUGGAUGAGGUUGAUGGGAAAUGUAAAACAAACAGUCCAAUUUCUCUGAAUUCAGUAGUGAUAAAAGAAGAAGUACAAUGCCCUUUAGCAUUAAAAAUAAAAGAAGAAUCAAAAUCCGAUGAUGAAGAUUCUUCUAUAAAUAAUACUAGAAGAAGUUUAAAGCCUGAAAAUGAUAUUGUAAAAGUUAAAUGUGAAUCGGAGUCUAGCGUCCCGAUACCAAUAAAAAAUGAACCUCGUAAUACUGGAACUGAUCAAUCUAAAGUAGAAUAUAAAACUAUUAAAUUUGAAGAGGUAAUUGAAAAAGGUACCGUUGAAAUAGUGGAUCAAAAUGAGCAAGAUAUUGAGACUGAUGAACUUAGCUCUCCAAUUGCAACAAUGGAAUCAGAUGCUGAAUUGAAAAAACGAGUAGCAGAAUUGAGAUUAGAAUUUGGUGGUGGAAUCGCAGUUCUUACUAACAUUUGUAACGAAGCGAAUAAAUCUUUCGAAGACCAACCUCAUCUCGUGCAUGUAAAACAUGAAGAAAAUAAUGAUAUGAUUGACGAGUUGGAUGUAGAAGCUCAAAUGAAACAGAUAACUGGUGACGAUGGCGAUGAUUACAAAGAAAAAGUCGAUAUUAAUCUAGAAAGAGAUAAAAGUAUGGAUGGGAUUGAAGGACUUAUGGAGAGCUCUAAAGAAGAUUCAGAAUCUGAGCCUGAAAAUCGGGAUAUGGAAGACUUCAGGGAUUGUGACCAAUUGUUUGAAAAAUUCAACGAAAAACGGGAAAAUCCUGAAGAUUCGGAAAAAAGAGUUUUCAAGGAAUUUGAGUGUAAAAACAGAAUUUCGUCUGUUAAAGGUGAAUUUGAUAGAAUAGAACAACAAACUUCCUCAACCAAGACUGGGAAACUGGAAAUACUAACCGAAUCAACACACUUAAAGAGCGUGGAAUUGUUGGAUUCAAUUUCAAAACACAUAGGAAACUUCGAUAAUGGAGCAACCUUAAAAGAGAUCGAUCAAUCCCACGAUAGCGAAGCUAAAAAGCAAGAAUACAAAUCAACAGCUAUGAUUCCUACUCCUGAAGAAUCCAUGAUGGAGCUUGACUCAAUGGAAUUACCCUCCGAAGGUAUCCUUGAAGAACCAGCCAAGAUUUUUCCCUCGAUCCCACCAUUGAGUGAACGAAUACGUAAAAAAGUUGACACGAAUCCAGCUCCAAAAUCUAAGUUGGAAAUUGAGGCUUCAAUUAUCGAAUCAUCAUUAGAUAUGGAAGUUGUGAACGAUGCUCAAGAUGUUCAAGAAAAAAAGAUAUUAUCCACGGCUUUGCGAGAGUUAUUGGAAGCUAAAAUUGAGCCGGAAACUGAGCCAACCCCGGAACCUGUAAAUAAAAAUGUCAUAGAAAAUAGGGUUAACGCGACGUUAGAAACUAAUCCAGUGGAACAGGCUUUAAUAGAAGAAACAGUGGAUGUAUGUCUAGUAGUGACGCUGCCACCACCUGUAGCAAAUGAUCAAAUCAACAGGAAUAUAGUAGAUCCUACAGUAAUGAAAUUAGAUCCUCCACCUCCCGAACCUGUAAAAGACCCAAGAUUAAAGGAUCCUAGAACUGUUGUGCCAAAUAAAAUUACUUCGCUAGCAUCGGCAAAAGCGGAAGGCCCACCUCCUAUUAAACGAAAGCUCUCUAUAUCAGAAUAUCGUAAGCGCAAGCAACAGUCGACAGGUACGCCACCAGAGCCUGAGAACGCGGAUACUUUAGUAACGGAAGGAAAGAGCGCCAGCCGGGGUCGCUCUGAUAGUGCAAGCAGUGGUACGUCCAGCCUCAGCUCGGAUGACGAAAGUGCGACGAAGGCUCCUCUCGAUAUACCUAGUCUUAGUACUUUACCCAUGUUCGCCAAUACUGAGGGUGACGAGAAGAAAGCUGCUGAAGAGGGUGUUAUGGGUUGGUCAGCCGCACCAACAUUAGUUGAAAGACAGAGAGAAAAUCUCACGGAAAGGCUGAAGCGUGAAUUUGGAUUGUUUUUGAACGAUGACGAAGAGGAAAGGGCUCGCAAACAAGGUUUGAGCGGCGAAGCACUUACAAAAUCAGCAGGUAUUACUGGGACUGUUGGUAGCACUGUGGUCAACAGCAGCACAGCUUACCCCGCAGCGCAAUUGCCACCCCAGGCCUACAUUCCACCACCGGGUUCUGCUUCAGUGCAUUAUACGCAAUAUUCAACUGUUAAGUCAAAUGCUGGAGCACCAGUAUUGCAGUAUCCAAACUAUUCGAUACCACCACCUCCGCUUGGACCCGUCAACUAUCCACCGCCGGCUAUUUGCGGCAAGCCACCAACAACGAUACCUCCGCCCGCAACGGUGUCGAGCAACUCACAGCAGCAUCAACCGUUCACGAUGCCACAAGCGCCUCCAGGCUCCAACCCUUAUCCACCAGCGCAAUUUCCAGUUGCAGUGACGGUGCCACCUCCGCCUCCGCCCGUUCCUCCGCCUGCACCUGUGCCACCACCAGCUAGUACAACUGUUUCUGUAUCGCGUUUUCCAACAGUGGCUUCCUGUCCAAAUCCAGCGCCAAUCGGAGUCAGUGCGGUUCAACCUGUCGUCGCAUAUCCCUUGCCACCCCAUCCAUCUCAGGCUACUACUCACGGAGUUUUCUAUAGUCAUCCGACUCCGAAGUCUUAAUUUGCUGUUGUUGUUAUUACUUGAUCUUCUUUUGACGUGCUCCAAUGUUAGCAGUCCAUUCGGCCUAUUAUUUAACGCGCUUCUCAUUUCAUCUCGUUUAAAUCUCAACAACAAAUUGAUACAACAAGUGCGUCCAGAGCUUAUUUGAUUAGUUAAAUGCUCAAUGACAGGUUACAAAAAAUACAUAACAAGAUCUACCGAGACUUUCUCAAUGCAGAACUGUGAAAUGAUACACAGAUGCAGCACUUGUAAAUAAACAACAUGCAUUUUCUCGCAACGUAAUAGGGUAAAAAGUAAGGUAUUUGUUUUUAAUCAACCACUUGAUAUAGGCUAUCAUAUUUAGAGUUGCUCAAUAUCGUGGACUAUAAUCUUUUUCGCAAUCAUAACUAAAUUUUCCAGAAUUUUUUUUUUAUGUUUUUUCUGUACAAAAUUAUUUUAACAUAAACUACAAAAUUAUUAACUGUAAAAGUUGUCGCGUUAAAGACGAGAGAGCUUCGCUUCAGUGGAGUUAAACAUGAAUGUGCGUAAGAUUGCACUUUGUAAAACAAUUGUCCUCAAAGAGGCUUCAAAAUCACCAAUUUUAAUGCGGUUUAUAAGAAUAUAACGCAGAGCGUGGAAUCAUAAUAAUACAUAAAUAAUUAUGAUUUAUUAUUUCUAUUUAAAAUAUUCGAGCAUUGGUGCUUCAAAAAAAAAAUGGUUGAUUUUUGUAUUUGUUACUAUUAGUUGCCAAGCGGUUUUCGAUAUCUGCGUUGAGCAUUACAAUUUUCUUGAUAUAAAUAUCAAGAAGAAAUUGUUGUUCUAAUUUUUUUUUUACUUUUUAUAAAUAGCAGUUGUAUAGGUGUUAAGCAGUGUUCUCUGCCCGGGUGAGAGAAAUCAUUUUGUCAUAUUAUAUUGAGCUUCGUUUCAGCUCAAAAUAAUCGCAAGUACAAAACAAAGUACUCGGUGAGUUAUGUAAUCGUAAUUGUUAAAGCAUCGUUAACGCGUCAUUUAUCUUUUUACUUCUUAAGUGUUUUAAGUCGACACUUUUUCAUUGAAUGAGCGACAGAAGUGGAAAAAUGAGAAAUCGAUGUACAAAUUCCGUAUUACGGUAUUACCGAUUUUCAGUGAAAUAUGAUUUCACUUGAUUUUUUUACUUUUGCACACGAAUAUUUCGUUAAUUAUAAUAAUACAACACUUGCUUAAUAAAUGAUUUGAUCUGAUAAAAUAUAAAGACAUUAAUGGUGCAUGGAGCAUAAUGAUGGUAUUAGGCUAGGCUACAAUUGACAUAAUAUGUAAUGUUUUGAGAGAGUAAAAAAUAUCUGUAAAUUUGUACAUACCUAAAAAUAUAUUUAAUUAAUUGUUCGUUUUUGAGUAAGUAAAGUUAGAUAAAAGUCUCUUUCUCAAGUCGGAUGAAGAGUAUUUGAAAAGCUUUAGACUCGCGAGUUCUUUUUAUUGAAAAUGUAAUGUUCAAAUGAAGAAAGAAAGUAAAGGAGAAGUAAUGGAAGGUUAUUAUAGACUGUCAAGGUUCUCCCUAAUUCGAUAAGGCAGUAUUUCCACGACAGUAUUUCCCUCGAUUAGCGACAAAAGAGGUCAACGAUAUUUUUUGUACAUUGUACGGGUAUAUCGUCUCGCCUAACUUUCUCAUGCAGAUGCGUUAAAGUAGAAAUUACUAAACAAUAUAAAUAUUGUGUGCAUAUUUUCUUGAGCGUCGGACCCGGCUUUCGUCAACAGUCAAAUUGUAAAUAUACUCUAUAUGUAAGAUGAUGUCGACGACAGCUGCGGAAGAUCAAAUUUUUCCGGACAGGCCCAGUAUGCGAAAAUGAUAAUUCUCGUCCUUUGUACCAUUCAUCUGUACUCUGCGCAGAGAAGUUUGACGCUACAUCUUGUAAUUAGAGACGCGCUGUACAUGUUAUACAUAAUAAAUAAAUAAAUAAAAAUAUACAUAUAUAUAUAUAUAUGUGUGUGUGUGUGUGCGUGCGUGCGUGUGUGUGUGUGUGUGUAAGUGUGUUUGUGUAUCUCUAAGCGGCGUAUGAGAAAGAGGGGAGGUAUUGAAGAAAGGAAAUGAUACAUAAAAGUCAACGAAUUCAAAGACAAUUAAAAUGUAUUCAAAAGCUCAAGAAAAUCGUCCUUUCUCUUUUUCUAUGUAUAUAUAAAUAUUUAAGUAGAUAAUACCCUUAGCUACUACUCUAUAAAUAUAAUGACUUAUUAUAAAUACGUAUAAAUAUAUACAUAUAUAAAUAUUCUAUAUAAACUCGCGCAUUAACUACCUUAUCCGUGUCGAGAAUUGUACUACUUACCACCAGAACACAUAAUUUUUUUUUAUUCGUAAUUUGCUGUUAUAUGUAUAUGCCUAGCUAUAGCCAUGUUACAUCACUUAUAUACAUUGUAUAAUAUAAUUUGAUUCAUACAUAUAUAAUAUUAUAUAUGAAUUAAAUUUAACAAAUUCUCCGACAUCAAUAAUAUUGAUACACCUAUAAUUACGGCAUACAUUUUAUGUAAAGAGCUGAAUAUUUAGGCAUACAUGAAAUUUAAUAAAUCGGAUACACUUUUAUGAAUUACAA